CCCACCUUCUCUUGGCAAAUUACUAAAACCAAAACACUCACCAUAUUGUCUUCUUCUACACAAUACACACCUCUCUUCUCUCUCACUGAAACUUCUUCUCCACUCUUCAAACUCACUUUUUAGGCUGAUUUUUUUCACUAAAAAACAUCACUGCAAUAACCAAAAUAAAAAGCUCAAAAACACACACAAAAAUAUGAGUGUUUCAAAGUUUAUAAAAUGUGUCACUGUUGGUGAUGGAGCUGUUGGCAAAACUUGUAUGCUGAUUUGUUAUACUAGUAACAAAUUUCCCACUGAUUAUAUCCCAACGGUUUUUGACAAUUUCAGUGCUAAUGUGGCUGUUGAUGGAAACAUUGUUAACUUGGGGUUAUGGGACACUGCUGGUCAAGAAGAUUAUAGCAGAUUAAGGCCAUUAAGCUACAGAGGUGCAGAUGUAUUUGUGUUAGCUUUUUCUUUAAUAAGUAGGGCAAGCUAUGAAAAUGUCCUAAAGAAGUGGAUGCCGGAACUUCGAAGAUUCGCACCAAAUGUUCCAGUAGUACUUGUUGGCACAAAGUUAGAUCUUCGUGACGACAAGGGAUAUUUAGCCGAUCAUAUGGGGUCUAAUGUUAUCACAUCUGCCCAGGGUGAAGAACUGAGGAAACAAAUUGGUGCAGCUGCUUAUAUCGAAUGCAGUUCAAAAACUCAACAGAAUGUGAAAGCGGUGUUUGAUACGGCCAUCAAGGUUGUUCUGCAACCUCCUCGAAGGAAGGAGGUGAUCAGACAGAAAAGGCGUAAGAGCUCCGGGUGUUCCAUUAUGGGCAUUAUGUGUGGUGGUUGUGCUGCUUAAGGACUUGGAUGUCAGAGCUUUUAAUGUUGGUUUUUUGAUUUUCUGGUGGUUAGUUUCAGUUUUCAUCUCAAGAACUUAAAUAUGUGUGAAUGUUGGUAGCUGCAGUUAAUAUAGUUUAAUGAUGUAUUUCUUUUUGCUGCUGUUGCUGUUAUGCAUUUUGUAUGAAUCUAUAGUAGUGUAAUUUUCAGUUUGCGGAACUGCUAUCCAGCCACCUCUAUGACCACCAACCAAAUGCCCGUGUUGUUGGCCAAAGAGGUUUCCGAAUGACGUGUUGUUGAAAUUAUGUGCGAGAUUCUUUUUUGUUC